AUGCCGAAGCCGUUCCUAACGAAUUAUCAGCCACCUGUUAUCGCCGCUGGCGGCAUCAUGGUCAUCUCACUUUUCGUCUUGCUCGUGUGCAGCCUUGCAGUGGACGGACUGACCAGAAAGAUUCCUCCGCAAGCACGAAUGUGCAUACCAAAUUUCUUCACAACAAACGUGCCAUUCCGUGGGUCGGAUGAGGUCAAAUCCGAUGCGGUUCUCACACUGUGUGGCCACAAGCAAAACCACUGUGCGACAUUUGGCCAUACAGAGACAUGCUGCCCGCCAGACACGACCUGUCGCGGCUCAUCGCAAACAUCCUCUCACGUCUUCUGCUGUCCUAAUGCCUUCUCUUGCUCUGAGAACAUGGAUCAACGCCCUAUGCACAUGCUCGAAGGUCCCGCCUCUGUUGGCGGUGGCUGUUGCGCCACUGUCUUGCGCUGUGCAUCUGACCUGUGCUUCGAAUAUCACUAUAAGACUUCGGCGGUGUUCCAACCCUUUCCCAUUCACAACAGUACAUCCUCCGAUUCCCAAGGCUUCUAUGAUGGCGUCAGCCUGGCCACUAUGGGCACUUUGCAAAAGUCUUUUCCACCCAGCAGCCUCUCUGAUGAUAGAACCGUACCAACAUAUGCAUUGCAGAAUUGCCAGCCAGAGGACAUUGGUCAGAAGGGUCAGGACUUGCCAAUCAGCGACAAAAUUCUUGGAAUCCCCACGGCCUGGAGAGCGAAGAUUAGCGAAAUCGCCAUGAAAAGUCAGGCUGAAGAGAACUGGGAUGGCAAGAGUGGGAAAAGAAGAUUGCGCAGACUUGGAUGCGUCGUUAUGGGAUUGUCAGUGAUCACCGUGGUCAUGUUCGUGUUUUAG